GUUGCAAGUUGCAACUGCCCAUAGCUUGCCAAUAUGGCGGCACCAAUUCUCCUUCUAUCUAUCAAUUCUUUGGUAUCAUUCCACUGACGUCACCAUAUAACUCUUUAGAGUCUCUCACUCUAAGUUCCGAGGCAACCUUUUUAUUCUAUAAAUCUUGGACCAUACAUACAUAACCUGAGUAUGUGGCAAAUUCGAACACAAAAACACUGAUUACAAAAGUGUUUAGAGAGGCGAAUAACCACAGGGUAUAACAUCAGAAUAAUAUAACGCCAGGAGUGGAAAUGGGUGCAGAAGGCCUAAGUCCAAGAGAUCCCAGUUCAUACUCUAGACCAGAGGAUGUUGCUGUGACAAAUAUUUUUCUUAAUUUAACCGUUGAUUUUGAAAAAAAAAUUCUUCAUGGCAAUGUGGACCUAGACGUUACUAAAAUUAAGAAAAACGCAACUGAACUGAUUUUAGAUGCAAAAGAUAUAAAAAUAUCUAAAAUCCUUGAUGCUAAUACUAAACAAGAACUGAAAUUUUCAUUAGCUGAACCACAAGAAGAGUUUGGUUCGAAACUUUCAAUCGAAUUACCCAAACAAGGAAAUGAUUCUUAUACAAUUUCGAUUUUUUAUGAAAAUAGCCCAAAUGCAAGUGGUUUACAAUGGUUGACACCUGAACAAACAGCCGGCAAAAAACAUCCCUACCUUUUCAGCCAGUUUCAGGCAAUUCAUGCCAGGUCUGUCCUCCCAUGUCAGGACACUCCUGAAGUUAAGACAAAAUACAAAGCUACAAUUACCGCCCCUUCAAAUCUAACUGUUUUAAUGUCGGCCAUACCUAACAAAACUGAAAUUUCCGGCCCCUUCAAACGCUCCCAUUUCAGCCAAGAUGUUCCUAUGCCCGCAUACCUCAUCGCCAUAGCAGUUGGUGCUCUAGAAUCGCGCAAAAUCGGCCCCCGAUCGCACGUUUGGGCCGAGAAAGAAAUCAUAGAAGAUUGUGCCUACGAAUUUGCGGAAACUGAGCACCAACUUAAGACAGCUGAGGAGAUUUGUGGUCCCUAUGUUUGGGGCAUUUACGAUUUACUUGUCCUUCCUCCGAGUUUUGCUUUUGGAGGAAUGGAAAAUCCCUGUUUGACAUUUGUUACUCCUACUUUGCUAGCAGGUGACAGGUCUUUGGCUAAUGUUGUAGCACAUGAAAUAGCACACAGCUGGACAGGGAAUUUAAUCACGAAUCGCAAUUUUGAACAUUUCUGGUUGAAUGAGGGGUUUACUGUUUUCGUUGAACGGAAAAUUAAAGCGAGGCUGACGUCACCGGCGCAUCAGGAUUUUGAUGCCUAUUGCAGGCUGAGUGAAUUAAAAGAAGAGGUCAAAUUGUUUGGCGAAAAUAGCCCUUUGACAAAAUUGGUUGUUGAUUUGAAAGGAGUCCACCCUGAUGAUGCAUUUUCGGUAGUUCCCUAUGAAAAAGGUCAAACUUUUUUGCGUUAUCUUGAAGAAGUAGUUGGCGGGCCUGCUCAAUUUGAAUCAUUUCUUAGAGAGUAUUUCAACACAUUCAAAUACAAAUCGAUUGAUACAAACGAUUUUAAAUCAUUUUUCGAAAAAUAUUUUGCAGACAUCAAAUCAGUUGAUUGGGAUACUUGGCUUUAUGGUACCGGAAUGCCUCCAGUGAUUCCCAACUAUAACACUUCUCUUGCUACCAACUGUAACAAAAUUCUGAAACAGUUUGUAGACUGGGAGGAAAAAGUUGCCUGUCCGAUUGAAACCACUCACAUUAAGAAUCUUGGUGCGGAUGAAAUAAUUUACCUUUUGCAAGAAAUAUGGAGUGGAAAACCUUUGUCUAUUCCAAAACUUGAACAACUUGACAAGUUGUUUGAUUUUAGUAAAGUGAAAAAUUCUGAAAUAAAAUUCAGAUGGUUGAGAAUUGGAUUAAAAGCUCAUUGGAUGAAGAUUGUUGAACCAACUCUUAAAUGGAUUAAUGAAGUUGGAAGAAUGAAAUUUGUGCGUCCCCUGUAUAGGGAUUUGUAUGCAUGGGAAGAUGUGAGAAAUAGGACGAUUGAAAACUUCAAAUUGAAUAAAAAUUCCAUGAUGCAUGUUGUGGCUUAUACUGUUUCUAAAGAUUUGCAUUUAACUUCUUAAAACGUGUUGAAUAAAUUUUUACGCAAUAUUUAAA